AUGGGUCGUUCUGCUCAUUGCAACAAAAAAGCCAUUGAUGCAUCCGUGGGUAGGUUGGUUUGGGUCCGAAGGCAAAAUGGGUCGUGGUGGCCAGGUCGAAUUCUCAGCCCAGACGAAUUGCCCGAGACCAUAUUGCCUGUGCCAAGAGCAGGGACACCUAUACAGCUCCUUGGGAGAGAAGACACGAGUUUGGACUGGUAUAAUCUCGAGACAUCAAAAAGAGUUAAAUCUUUUCGUUGCGGGGAGCACGAUUCAUGUAUUCAGAAAGCUAAGGCGUCCACAUCCAAUUCAUCGAAGAAGACUGCGGGGAGAUAUGCUCGCAGAGACAAUGCCAUUAUUCAUGCACUUGAGAUUGAAAGUGCUUGUGAAGCUUUUGACAAGGAUUCCAGUAGUUCGGAAGAUUAUUCAGAUUCAGCAGAGAAACCGUUGGCAUCCGAUGUAGCAAUUGAGGAACUGCAUCAUUUAGGUCCAUCUUCAGGUAUGAUUUGGUUGCCUUUAUACUAUUCAAUCAGCAGUAAGAGAAGAAGGAAGUCAAGGUCGAGAAAACCAGAUGGCUAUGUGUACAAGUCAGAUACCAUUCUGGACAGCCUUUUUGGAAAGUCGGGACCAAUUACGGAUGUUAAGGUUGAAAAGUCAUCUGUUCAUCUGAUGAAACCUCAUGAGACACGAGGAAAAGCUGAUGAAGUGGCAGUUCCCCAGAGGUUAAUGCCCCAUCGCCAGUCACGUUCUAUUGUCAAUCCGAAGUAUGACCUGUCAAAUUUUUAUCUUGGAGACUGUAUAGAUGACUGUGGCUUGUAUGAUGUAACUCUCAAGCCGAACAUGAGCUACCAAGCACAACAUGUUCCAAAUAUUUCUCUAACGAGCAAGUUAACCUAUAAAUCAAUCGUUGGCCACCCACUUAACGUUGAUGUUUCAGAAGCUGGUAUGGUUAUUGAAAAGAGGCCACGUGGAAGGCCACGCACCAAGAAUGUCAUGCCACAGCAGCUGGUCCCACCAGUAAAAUCACGAAAAUCGAAAAAGCACAGGGGUUUGUCGAGAAAGACCAGGAAAUUUGCUUCACUUACGGGUUUGCCAGAGCCAGAGGAGAUCCCUGUGAUCAACAUGCUCGCCAACCCAGUUGUAGCUUGCAUCCCGCUGAGGGUGGUGUUCAGCCAACUGAAUGCAGCAUUGAAUAGCUCUAUCUGA